AUGGCGUUCAACUCAACCACAUACAGCACCGCUAGCUCAGACAUUUCCACACCACGGUCGUCCAGUCCCUCGUACUCCGUUAACUCUGCCCGGUCCUCCUCGUCCUCCGUGUCCAAACGCAUGUCCAUAUCUUCCCGGCGGUCCCUUUCCCAGUUCAACCCAAUGUCUUCCGUCGACAUCCGCGCCAUCGAAGCUCAAAUGAAAAUGGCUUCCCUCGACGGUCUUCGUGGAUACUCCCAAAACCACUACGGCGAGGUCCAACAAUACAGGAAUACAGACUACGUGCCCAAGUCGUCGGCCUGUGGUUACCAAGUCCUACGAGAGCCCCUCUGGAACAAAGGCCUCUCUUUCACACCAGAAGAACGAGUAUCCAAGAACUUGACUGGAUUAAUCCCACACGCCAUGGAGAGCGUCGAGACUCAGGUUGCGAGGUGCAUGAAGAUGAUCAACACCAGGACGACGAACAUCGACAAGUACCUCUACCUGUCCUCCCUGAAGGAUCAGAACAUCGACCUUUUCUACCGUGUUCUCAUCGACAAUGUCCGCGAGCUCAUGCCUUUGGUCUACACGCCCACAAUUGGCGAUGUCUGCCUGCAGUACUCUACUUUAUAUACUCGCCCCGAGGCUCUGUAUAUCUCCAUCAAGCAGCGAAAGUCAAUCAAGACAAUUCUCCGCAAUUGGCCAUACCCCAGUCCCGAGAUUUGCGUCGUAACUGACGGAUCUCGUAUCCUUGGUUUGGGAGAUCUCGGUGUCAAUGGUGUUGGUAUUUCUAUUGGCAAGCUAGCCCUGUACACCGGAGCUGCAGGUAUCCACCCGGAGAAGACCCUGCCAAUUGUAUUGGACUGUGGUACAGCAAACGAGGAUAACCUCAAGGACCCAUUCUACCUCGGUCUCCGUGCCAGGCGACCAGCUCCUGCCGUCAUGGAGGAGUUCAUGGAUGAGUUCAUGGAGGCCGUCCACGAGGUCUUCCCCAACAUGCUGGUUCAGUUUGAGGAUUUCGAGACCGAGAAGGCUUUCAACUUCUUAGAACGUUACCGCAACCAGUACAAGUGCUUCAAUGACGAUAUCCAGGGCACUGGUGCGGUUGUUCUUGGCGGUUACAUUGGCGCUGUCAACCUCUCUGGCGUCCCGAUAGAAGAGCAACGCCUUGUCUUCAUGGGCGCUGGCUCUGCCGGUGUUGGUGUUGCCAAGCAGAUGGUCGAGUACUACACCCGACGAGGACUCUCGGAACAGGCCGCAAAGGACAAGUUCUGGCUCGUCGACACCAAGGGUCUCGUGACACUCGACCGUGGUGACAAGCUCGCCGAGCACAAGAAGUACUUCGCUCGUACCGACAAUAAUGGCCACCAGUUCCGAAGCCUGGAGGAGGUCAUUGAGUACGUCCGCCCAUCUGCGCUCGUCGGUCUUACUGCUACGUUCGGAGUCUUCACGGAAUCCGUUGUUCGAGCUUUGAAGGCCUCCGUUGACGCUGGUGGCGUCGGACGCCGGCCCAUCCUGUUCCCGCUCAGCAACCCCCUUACCAAGGCGGAGUGUACCUUUGAGCAGGCCAUCCAGUGGACCGAGGGCACAGUCAUUUUCGCCUCGGGCUCUCCGUUCUCGCCCAUCUCCAUCAAGACGACCGAGGGCGCAGUAACGUACUACCCCAAUCAGGGUAACAACGUUUAUGUCUUCCCUGGUCUCGGGUUGGGUGCCAUCCUUGCCAAGGCAAGCAAGGUCACUGAUGAGAUGGUUUACAUCUCUGCCUCUUCUCUGUCAGAAUCCCUCAACGCCGAGGAGAUCCACAAGGGUCUGAUCUACCCUCGCAUUGAGCGUGUCAGAGACGCAAGUGUCAUUGUGGCUCGCGAAGUCAUGAAGGCAGCUCGUCGUGAAGGCGUCAGCGAACUCCCGGAGUCCCAAUGGGUUGAGUGGGAAGAGUGGGGCGAUGUCGCCUUGACCAAAUGGAUCAAGGACCGCAUUUACGACCCCCUCAAAUAG